CAGCGCAAGGGUCAAGCCAGACGGUCAACAGGAAAACCGGAAACACUGACAUCAACAAAACAAAGCAACAUGCAAACUCACCACCCACCCGAACAACAACAGCAAUCCACAAAACGGCGUCGUUAUCGAAUACCCAGAUCUUGCGAUCGAUGUCGAACCAGUAAGAUCAAAUGUGUCUUUGAAGACGGCAAAUGUACUGCCUGCGUCAACCUCGGAGUGCCUUGUACCUUUGCUAACCCUGGCAGCCUAAGGGAGAGGCCACCCACUAGAAAGGAUGUCGAACAUCUCCAGGCUAGGAUUCGAUCGCUCGAAAGGCUCAUUAACGCUAUCGAUCCCUCUUGUGAUCUCUCCAACUUACCAGACCCACCGCAGCCUUACCCUUCAAACUUGAGACUUGGCCGAAAGAGACAAUCGGACGCCUCACUGACCUUACCUGAAAACAUUCACCCAUUCCGCAACCCCACCCAGACAAGCCCAGCUCAAUCAUCGGCUAAUGCCCUCAACACGCUCUUCAACCCGACUCGGUUCCAGCUCCACAACCCGACCACAAACCUGCUACCAUCACUAUCCAAGCUCGAAGACCUUUCGCCCGUGGAUAAGAUCAUCCGACACGAGCAUCAAAAAUUGAACUAUGGCAAUCCGGACUUCUAUCCGCCCCCCGAUCUCCAGCAAACUUUACUAGAGAUCUACUUCCGCCAGGCCCAUCCGCUCAUCCGUACCGUCCAUCCUGCCUCGUUUAUCGAAGCCUUCCAGGCCGGUCUGGCCGAGACCGAUGAUGGCUUCAGAGCCCUCUGUCUAAGCAUCUUCAGUAUUGCUAGUCGGUUCUGUAAAGACCCCAGAGUCUACCUCGAUCUCGAAGGGAACCCUCACACUUCUCUACAUACCGCUGGUCUGCGCUAUUGUAUUUCUGCUGGCUCUUACCUUCUACGACCUAUACCCACCCCAGCCACUCUGUACGAACUUCAGGCUUUCGUUCUGAUGGUUAUUUAUUCUCUUGGUGCCGUCAGUCCCGGUCUUGUCUGGUGUGUAUUAGGUGUUGCUCUCCAACGGGCUCAGAUAGCCGGAGUUCACCUAGAAGAAAGUACGCACUGGACAGAUUGUCCUAUCCAAGACCAUUAUCGCCGCAAAGCUUUCUUUAUCUUGUACGAAUUCGAUUCUGUGAUUAGCGCCACGUUGGGCAAACCAGCCUACAUGCAAGAAAGUGAUUUCGAUGUUCUUCCGGGAGAUCCAGAUUUUGAUCGCCAACUCGAAGCUUGUGUGAACCCAUACUUAAAUGGACGUGAAACUCCAGCAGAUUGGGCGGUGGAUGAAAUCUUCCAAGCUUACAACAUGAUGAAAAGCUCACUUGGAGGAUUAAAAAACUUACUUCCGGUGAUCAAUGUGAUCAACGCUCAGAGAGAUAUGCACCCUGGCCUGAAAUUCUCAAGUUGUGUGAAAGUGUUGAUCAAGCAACUUGAUAGUAGUAUGAACACUUGCUUCGAGAAAAUCGCCCUCAAAAUUAAUCUUCAUCAUCCGAACCCGAACCUGAUCAGUGAUUCCGCCUUGCUCUCUUCCGUCGCUGUGACCUCAUGGUAUCAUGAAUUCAGAUUACUACUUCACCAAGUCUUAUUCAACUCUAAAGAAAAGGGCCAAAGCAAUGAACCGACCAUAGAAGAAGAAAAACAGGCAGGGAUUCCACGAGCCACGAAUACGGUCAAGAAGUCGCGAAACCCAUAUCUAGAGAUUUGUGUCGAAUCGGCCCGGGAGAUCAUCCGCUUGCUCAACCAAUUACACCAACGUGACCUGUUAGCACACGGCUUUUUCUGGAUCCCCCUUCGUUUGAAAAACGCACUCGUCAUUCUCAUCUGUUCUCUCGUUAAACAACGUAAAUCGUUAUCUGAAGAGGACCGGAAACUCAGAUGCUUAGAAAUCUCUUUGGGCAUUCAAAUCUUGAACACAUUGGCCCCUAGUACAUAUCUUGCGGGAAAAUGUUCAAAUAUGGUGGUUCAGUUGUACGGGAGUGCGAUCCAACACAACCAACAACAGGCCAACCGAGCGAGCUCAUCAUCGACCUUAUCACCAAGUUCAUCUUCAUCAACCCCGCCAGCGCCAUCGGGCACGACCCCGAAGAGCAACUCGUUUUCAGGCCCCUCUUCUGCGCCUUCGUCCCAUGAGAUCAAAGACCCUCAGCUCCGAAAAUCUUCCAUGUUUUCUCCCUCACCAUCAACAACUGCUACCACAACAACAACAACUACUACGACUACUUCUUCCUCUACAACUUCGUAUCAGCAGACGUUCAACGUUGAUCCUCAGAACGGUUGGUGGGCUAAUCAGUUCCUCCCCACUUCAUCUGCUUCCCCAUUCUCCAACUUCAUCCCCGAACCGCUCCCGUCUGCAUCUUCCCCCGACUUCAACGACCCUAAUCUCAAUCUUCUGAACUUUUGGCCCUCCUCUUCCCCCCCAAACCCCUCGACUUCAACUCAUCCUUAAAGUUUUUUUCUUCUUCCUUUCUUUCUUUGUCUUUGUGGAUGUACUCUAAACAUUUCAUGAUUGUGUUUUUUUUUUUUUGUUUUUUUUGUUGCAAGCAGUUUUGGAAUCAAGGGUUGGCAUAUAUAUCUCUGUAAUAUUAAAGUCCUUAUGAUCUCUUUACCUGAACCGGUGUUGACGUGUUGAUAUGUGUGUGUGUUUAAACAUGUGCGUGUCUGAGGAUUAUAAACAAAAUAUGUAGAUAGUGAUACACGUAAUCGAAGGAUUGAUUCAGUUAACUCUCUUCAACUUAUCCUAUCUUAUUCUUACCAUAUAAAUCCUUAUUGCAGGCUACUGAAAGACAAGAAUGAAUCCAAUGAUAAGUGAUUUAAUUAGUGAGUAUUUCAAAGAUAUUAAACAACAACACUUCAUAUCAGAUCUGAACAACCAUGUAGCUGUCCCAGAUGGAUGAAUUACUAGGUUAGGUUGAUUUUUCUCAUCAUCCUUCUGUUGGCUCUGGAUCACAUCUCCAAA